AUGUUAACUUUAUCAACAAAAUGCUAUAUAUCCACUCAAGGUGAAGAAGGAAUAAAGAGUUUUAAAUAUAAAGGAGGCUCCGAUUCUAUAUUUUACUCAUAUUUCUGGUCCCCUCUAUGUGAUUAUUUAGUUAAGAAUUAUUUUCCUUCCUACUUAGCUCCUAAUUCGAUAACAUUAAUCGGAUUUUUAAUCCAUUUAGUUGCCCAUAUAAUAGUAUUAUAUUACAGUCCUGAUUUAAAAUAAACCUUGCCAUAAUGGUUAUGCUUUUUAUUAUCCUUUAGUCUCCUUACAUACUAAAUAUUAGAUAAUUGUGAUGGAAAAUAAGCCCGAGCAACUGGUAGUUCGUCACCUUUAGGGAUGUUAUUUGACCAUGGAUGUGAUGCAUUAACCACUUGGAUCGUUACAUUAAACACUGCUGCGGUUUUUAAAUAUAAGAAACUGCAUUAUUAUAUUAUUCAAUUUAUAUAAUUGGAUUAAUUCCAUUCUUUUUAGGAAUGUGGAGUUAAUAUUAUUGCGGGUCAUUUAGAUUAGUGA